AUGUAUGCGCAAACUGAUGUCAAUCGGGGAGAAUUCACGUGGAAGAUCAGCAACUUCAACGAGCUGAUCUCGCCGAGUCUUUUUUCUGAAGCAUUCACAGUUUCUGGUUGUCCAUGGAUCAUUCUGGUAUACCCCAAUGGGAAUGGCUCGCUGCAUUUGUCGAUGUACCUCCAGGCCGCUGAUCCUGCGGCGAUGCCAAAUGGGUGGACCAAGUUCAGCUUGAGUGUGAUCGAUCAAAUCAAUAAUGCUCGCUCUAUUAAAAUAGAGACGCAACAUUAUUUUACUACGAGCGAGAAUCCCUGGGGUUACUCAAGCUUCAUGCCGUUGACUUUGCUUCGUGAUCCUAGGCGGGGAUUCAUAGCAAAUAACACUUUGGUGAUUAAAGCCGAAGUUUGCGUCUUAGCAGCUGAUGAUUCGGUGAAUAUUCAGCCAGCUAGACCAACAGAUAGCUUUGACACCUAUUUUAAUGGUCUGGAGGAGCUCAUCAAUGGUGCUGAGACUAAUGGUGCUAGUGUAGGAUCAAGUUCCUGCCACCAAGAUGGUGACUCGAGGGCUGAAAUUCCUAGCUUAGAAGAAGUUGAGAAGGCUAAGCAGUCCUUGAAGGAAGGCCUUUCACAUCUCUUUAAAUUGAAGAUGAAAGAGAGCCUAAUUGAGGCACUGUCAACUUUAAGCUCGGCCAAAACUAGAUUAACGUCUGAGCAACAAAUAGCAAUUGAGGCAUUCGGGGCCAAUUUCAAUGAUUUCACUUUCGAUUUCUCAACAUUUGAGCAGGACAAUACUGAUAUUGAGCUGCAUAAACUACAAAAGGAUCAAAAGCUCUCUACAAUGAAGAAAUGUCACAAGACUCACGUCUUGUAUAAGCAGUUGAUGGACGACCUCAUCAAGGAAGAGGAGGAAGUGAAGUCUAGGAGGGACAAACUUCUCUCAGACUGGGAGAUCUUGCUGGUCAAGGCCGAAGAAGCAAAGUCGGGGUAUAAAGAUGAGCAGAAGAAAGUAGCGGAGGUUGAGGAGGAAAAGAAGAGAAUAGCCGUGGAAAGAAUGUAUAAAUCCAUCACUGCUUGGUCAAAUUUGAAAGCUCAAUUCUGCUAA